AUGGCUCUGUUAAGUCCACAACUGCAGAGGUUCCUCUUAACCAAAUACAACUGCAGCGGUGGAGGUACUGGCUCAUUCAAGACCUCACCCACCAACACCAACAAGAACAGUAGCAGCAGCUUUUCCAACAAGUCAACUACCCCACUAUGCUCAGCGAUUGCCAUAGACGCGCCGGGAUCGUCCUCUGCUGAUGUCGCCGGAGUCAGGUGGGGCUCCACCAGCUUGCAGGGAGCGCGGGAAGAGAUGGAAGACGGCGUUGUUGUCCGGUCCGAUGGCCUUGACGGUUAUUCAUUUGCUGCGGUUUUUGAUGGACAUGCUGGCUUCUCCUCUGUCAAGUUUCUCAGAGAUGAGCUCUACAAAGAGUGUUGUGAGGCUUUACAAGGCGGUUCGCUAUUAAGUGGGAAGGAUAUCAAAGCUAUUAGAGAGGCUUUACAGGAGGCAUUUGAAAGAGUUGAUGCAAAGUUGUUGAAUUGGCUUGAGAGGAAUGGGGAAGAAGAUGAGUCUGGUUCAACAGCUACUGUUAUGUUUGUUGGGAACGAUAUGCUUUUCAUUUCACAUGUUGGCGAUUCGUCUGUGGUUCAGUCUUGUUCUGGAAAAGCAGAGGUGUUGACUAGCCCUCAUCGACCAUAUGGAAGCAACAAGGUCUGUCUGCAAGAAAUUAAAAGAAUCAGAGAAGCAGGUGGAUGGAUCGUCAAUGGAAGAAUUUGUGGAGACAUUGCUGUAUCUCGCGCUUUUGGUGACAUGCGGUUCAAGACAAAGAAAAACGAGAUGCUGAAGAAAGGAGUUGAAGAAGGAAGAUGGACGGAGAAAUUUGUUUCUCGAGUGCAAUUCAGUGGAGACCUUGUUACUGCAACUCCAGACAUUUAUCAAGCAAGUCUUGGGGCAGACUCAGAAUUUCUAGUGUUAGCAUCUGAUGGCUUAUGGGAUUACAUAAACAGCUCAGAUGCGGUUUCAUUUGUAAGGAAUCAGCUUCGACAACACGGAGAUGUCCAGCUAGCUUGUGACGCGCUUGCUCAAGCUGCUCUGGAUAACAAGUCACAAGAUAAUAUCAGCAUCGUCAUUGCGGAUUUAGGGCGAACAGACUGGCAACGUUUGCCCUUCCAAAAACAAAAUGUUGUAUAUGAAUUUGGGCAAGCUUUUGCUACUAUCGGGCUCGUUUCGCUUGGAAUUUGGAUGUCAACAUCGUUGCUUUCUUCAUGAAUCUGAGGCAUCCUGAGUUCCUGACUCCUGAGGAUGAUGUAUAUACUGGAAAUCAACAUAGGUUUUCACACUUACAUUUGUAUAAUCAUAAUUGUACAUGCCUCACGCCUUGAUAUACUUUUUAUUUAGGUGAACUAGAAUAAUCUUGCAAGUGUAAUAGUAAAAUUUAGAUGAUUUUACAUGAUCAAUGAUAGUUUGUGAGUGAAGAAAUUA